AUGGCCUCAAAUCAGUUAUUAGCGUUCCUUCUCCAGGGCUAUGAAAGCUCUAGAGAUGAUGCUGAACCUCAAAAUAAUCUUCAUAAUCAAAUUCCACUUCCCUCUCGUCUAGAAGAAGAAGUGUUUGACUCACCUGAUGCUAUUAUUGAAUUUAUCAAUAACUUUGCCCAGAACCACGGCUAUGCAUUUUUCAAAAGGUGGUCAAAGAGAGCUAAAAGUGGCCAUAUCAAGACUGUCUUUGUGAAGUGCUCUCUAGGAGGGGAGUAUCAUAAUUGUAUGAUUGAGCUAUCUACUUAUUUAGCCUAUCAUCGUCGUCAAAUACUUGAACAUGCUACCCAAAUCAAAGCCCAACUAGAGAAUGGAAUUGACACGUGCCAUAUUAUGGCUUCCCUUGUGAAGGAACAUGGAGAUAACAUUGGGAUAAAGGAGCAAGAUAUAUAUAAUUUUAGACGCAACAUGCGAAACCGCUUCUUAAAUGGUCGGGAGCCAAUUCAUGUCCUUCUCAGCUCAUUCCUGGAGACUGGAGAUUGGGUUGUCAAUUACCAAACCCAUGAGGAUAUUCUCACAGUAGUGUUCUUAACCAUAAGAGCUGUUUAG